AUGGAGAUUGACAGCACCUUUCAGGUCGACCUCAACAUCUUGCAUGACCCGCUGGUUCCGGCCGCACAAAAAAGAUGGAUGCUGGACAUCAUCUUUGACCAGAUCGUGCCUUAUAGGUACCAUCAAGAGCCUCGCUUGUUCCCUGAGCUGAGCUUCUACGGAACGCUCUUGAAUAACCGCGCGGACUUCAUGGAGAUCUGGGCGUUCGUCACUCGCUUCCAUGAAUGGAUUUACGAUCUAGCGAUCUCGAAUUCUCAGAUGGCAAAUGCAGCCCUUGAAGAAAUGAGUCAGAUCAAGACCAGCGUUGACAUCGAACUCUCCCUCGACCUGGCACAGUCUAUCGACGCGAUCGUUCCCGAAUACCCCUCUCCUCCACGAACCACUGCCGAGAUGAGCUAUCCAGCCACCCCGCAGGAGCCCCCAAAGCAGAAGAUCCGGGCCCAAACCGCCACCAUCGAAGGCUCUGGUGACGCGUUUUUGGUAGAGGAGCUGCAAAAGCCCGCUUCGGUUACCUACGAAGGAAUUAUCCGUGACUUGGAUCACUUCAAAGGGGUCGAUGAGGCGUACGCGCGCCACGUCAAGCGGCCGGCUGGUACCAGCCCUGAGGAAGAUGCUUCGUGGCCCCAGACCCUUGAGAAGCGCAGCGCAUAUGUUCGAGACAUGUAUAACGCGAUUACUCAAACAGACGACUUCUUUGAACUCCGCAAGGCGAAGGAACGCCUGGCUAAGGUCAGAGCCAAGGUUGGGAACACUGACGCACAGGCAAGCCGCGAUUCCGACAACAGCGACGACAGAGAUGUUGAGGACAAUGGAUCAAGGAAGCGCAUAAAAACGGGCAAUGCUGCCAAGGGAUCUGAUGAGCGGCCCAAGGGCAUGAGCAAGUCUGAUUGGGACUUGCUUCAUGAGGUGCAACCAGUACACCGGUUGAAUGCCGUGAUUCACCACAAGAUCUCAAGCAUUGAGCUUGAGAUUCUUUGCUGGAGGCUAUUGCUCGCAGCAGAAGAUGCCCAGCGAGGAUUCACUAUGAAACCGCUCUGGUCUGGCCACCGCACAGUGUCAACAUGGGACCAUUAUGAGACCUUUAGCGACAGAUGGUCUGCCAUGUGCAGAGAAUUGCUUGACUGCAAAAUUCUCGUCCACUCGCUCCUUCGCGCAGACUGGUUCAACAAGUUCGCAAGCGCGCCUGCGAAAGAACGUGGAGCAAAGCUCUCUAAUGAUCUCCUGAAUGGUCGCCGCGAUAUUCAAAACGAGAUUGGACGCAACAUUAUUCGCCAAAAGACCUCCGACAAUGAGUGGACUACAUCGGAAAACUUUGAGAUCCGCAGAAGAGAUGGAGAGCUGGUACAUCAGGGCAGCCAGAUUGGAGAUAAGGCACGCAGGCAGCUAGCAAAGCGCCAGGCUGUGUAG